UGUUGUGCUUUGUUGUACACUUCAUUUCAUAAAACUCCCCUGUCAGGUAAAUCAUUCGUUUUAUUUCCGAAAUAAUGCCACAAAAUUUCGCCAACAAUAAAUAAUGCUGUUGCCCUUGAUGAACUUGAUUCGCCCGACAGAAGAGGACACCACCACGGCGACGCCGUCAAAGCGCCAGGUGGCGGAAGAUGGAAGGAUUGCCAAAACCCAGGCCAUUCUGCUCCAAGCGUUCAACUAUGGAAUUCCAGAGCCAGCCACCGACAUCCUGCUCCAACGACACUCGGACAAUGGGCCUCUCUGAGUCCCAUUAUCAGAAUGUACCGAAGAAGAUAAAGGGUCUCAUAUCCUUUUUCUUUGGCAAAAGUAAGAAACCAAAGAAAGCAAAACAGGUGAAGGGACACCAAACAUCCCUGGAGGAGCUGGACAUGAGGAAGCUGAUCCGUCUCUACUGCAAAUACGAAAACCUCUACAAUCCCAUGCACCCCUACUAUGGCAACGCGCAGUUCAUUGAGGAUUGCUACAAUGACAUGGCUCGAUCUAUUCCCGGCAGGACCAGUUUUGAGCUGCGAUCUUGCAUCGAGGACCUGCGCCAGCAGUUCGAGCAGGAGUACUGGAUCAUUGAGAGCGCCAGGCAGAGCAAAGGGGAGGUACUGAUGCCCUCGAUUCGCUACUACAACGAGUUCCUCUUUCUGGUGCCAUUUCUAUGCAUGGAUUUGAAUAAAUCCCAUGCAGCAGAGAAUGGUACCAGUUCGCUGAACCCAAAAUGUGUAACAAAACCCGAUUUGCUGGCCAAUGGGCUGAACCAUUUUACGGGCUUCCCCUUGUCUGCUUUUCCCGGGAAGUUGUGCUGCUCUCCGAAAGAACUCCUUAGGCGCAUCUCCAAGAAGGAUGGCAAUAAACAAACAAUAAACAAUAAGCAGACCAGCGAAGUCAACUUGUCGCCCUCGGAGGAGCAACGUCUCAAUGAAAUCGCCGCUGACAAUCAGGUCUCCAAGGUGUCCAUUGCAUCCUCUCACUACCCCGACGAGCAGGAUAUAAAAACCACCGAUCUGACCUGCUCCUACCGAUCGGAGAAAUCACCCUGUGUAUCAGAGUGUCGGCUCCCAAUAUCCACUUGUCCGGCCCAGACCGCUACAAGAUCAAAGCCACAGAAGACCAUGAACCCAGGAGACGAAUCAAAUACCUGUAAAAGAAAUCCUGCUGAUCCAUCUCAAAAGGGGAAUUGUGGCACGGCCUCUCCCCAAACCGCCCAUGAGAGCCAUCCUAAGAGAUCGGAUAACUCACCCAUAGGUUCCCCACCAGCUAAACCUAUGAAGCCACAGGAAUCCAUCAAAUCCGCUGCCCAAUCAGCUGCCCAAUCCGCAGCCCAAUCCUUUGCUGGCGUGAAGACCCAAGCAAUCAUGAAUACCGUUCUCCAAGGCUCUGUUCCAGUGGGAAAACAAAAAUCUGGGAGAUCCAGUCCCAGGACUCCACCGGAAUCGCCUGAAAAAAAAGUUAAUGGACCGGAUAGCAAGCCCUGUCCCUGCAGCCGUCCACCGGAGAAAGGUAAAGAAGCUGCUCCAGAAGAUAAAAGAGAUAAUCCUUUAGUAACAAAAUAUCAAAAUUUCAAGCAAGUGCAAAUGCUCUGCGAUAUGAUCCGCACGGAACUUACCGCCGCUCCUGAUUUUAUAUACUUCGAUGCCAAGUGGCGGAUCAUCGAAAUCCUGAGGGAGGUGCACAAGAGACAGUUGGUUCACAUGAAGGCCGGACCGCAGAAGACAGCAAUGAAGGAACAGUUCAAUCAGCUCAUGAUGCAGCAUCAUCCGUACAAGCCGGACAAGAAUUCCCCUGUGCCCAUGGCAAAGCCAGGACUCUCGAGGAUUUGUGACCAUAUUAAGGGCAGCCACUUUACGGAUCAGCAGAGCUUGGAGAUGGAUGCUUUGUUCAGCAGCUCCAAACUACUUAAACAUUGGCCCAGCUGCCUCUUUGGCUUGGUCCUUUUGGGUAUCCUGAAAUAUGUCCUGUCCAGGCGUAAAGGAAGCACCCAGAAAUACACUUUGGACAACGAGGAGCUUGUAGAAGGUAUAAGUCAUUUCGAGGACACCGAUGAACUGCAGCCUGCUCUUGAGGAAAAGCCUCAUGUUCCCUUCGUUCCCGGCCAGAAUCUUAACCCGAAUGGAGCUAAAAUCUUUUACAACCUUCUCCGCGGACGUCGCAGCAUUCGCUCUUUUAGCAGCCAACAAAAACCAGACCUCAGCAUCAUAGAGGACUGCAUUAGGGCGGCGGGAACAGCUCCCAGUGGUGCUCACACAGAACCCUGGACAUUCUGCGUGGUGGAGAGCCAAGAGCUCAAGCAAUCGAUUCGGGAGAUUGUGGAGCAGGAAGAGCUGAUCAACUAUAGCCAGCGAAUGCACCCCCAGUGGGUCACGGAUCUGCGACCACUACAAACGAAUCAUGUGAAGGAAUACCUUACAGACGCCCCCUAUCUCAUACUGAUCUUCAAGCAGACCUACGGCGUAAUGGACGAUGGUCGGAGGAAGAGACACUACUACAAUGAGAUUUCCACCUCGAUUGCGGCGGGCAUCCUUCUGUGUGCCUUACAGGCGGCAGGACUGUCUUCGUUGGUCACAACUCCCUUAAACUGUGGCCCUGCUCUGAGAUCCUUGCUAAAUCGUCCUGUAAACGAAAAACUGCUAAUCCUAUUACCCGUAGGCUUCGCGGCAGAGGGAUGUCAAGUGCCGGACUUGGAACGAAAGCAGUUAUCGGAUAUUUUAGUCAAGUUUUAAGAGUUUUUUAAGAGC